GAGGCGGCCCCGAUCCCCGAUCCCCGAUCCCCGAUCCCGGCCCCGCUCUCUGAACUGGAGCCGCCCACUCCACAUUUUCAUCCGGCUCCGAUUCGGCUUCUUUAAACCGGAUCCUCAGGCUCUGGAGAAGGGAUUCCGGCCAGAAACUCCCUGAGGAGCAACUAGAACCGGGGAGUGACCAGUCCGAGAUCGGAGAGAGUCCAGUCCAGUCCGGGGAGUGUCCAGUCCGGAGGCCGGGGAGUGACCAGUCCGGAGGCCCGGGAGUGACCAGUCCGGAGGCCGGGGAGUGUCCAGUUCUGGGAGUGACCAGUCUGGGAUCGGGGAGUGUCUAGUCCAGUCCGGGAGAGUUCAGUCCGGAGGCCGGGGAGAGUCCAAUCCGGGGAGAGUCCAGUCCAGGGAGUGACCAGUCCGGGGAGAGUCCAGUCCGGAGGCCGGCGAGAGUCCAGUCCGGAGACCGGGGAGAGUCCAGUCCAGAGAUUGUCCAGUCCGGAGGCCGGGGAGUGUCCAGUCCAGGGAGAGUCCAGUCCGGAGGCCGGGGACAGUCCAGUCCGGAGGCCGGGGAGUGUCCAGUCCGGGAGAUGAGCCGGUUUGCUGCUGUUGGGCAGUAAAUAGUCCUGAAGCGGCAGAAAUGGAUGAGACAAUCCGGAUUAUGGAGGAUCUGAACCUGAUUUACAUUCGCCAGAUCGUACUGAGCCUUCAGGACACUGAUUUCCAGAAGAAGAUUGACAAUGAAAUCCGGAUGCGAGAUGGGGCCUGCAAACUGCUGGCAGCCUGUACACAGAGGGAACAAGCCUUGGAGGCAGCAAAGAGCCUUCUGACCUGCAACACCCGCAUCAUGGCCUACAUGUCAGAGGUACAAAGACUGAAGGAAGCUCAGGUCAUUGAGCGGAGGGUCAGGCGAUCCUCGGAUGCCGGCUUGCUUAAAGAUCGAUCACCAUGCAAAGGAAAAGUUGCCAUAUCUGAUCUUCGAAUUCCCCUGAUGUGGAAGGAUACUGACUACUUCAAAAACAAAGGAGAUUUCCAUCGCUAUGCUGUGUUUGCAUUGAUAAAGAUUGGCUGUGACAUCUAUGACACCGACAUGGUGAUGGUGGAUCGGACCAUGACAGAUAUUUGUUUUGAAAAUUCCUUUGUGUUCUCCAGUGUUGAACCUGAUUUUGAGAUGAAGAUGGAGAUUUACAGCUGUUGUGUAGAGGAGGAUUUCUCUAUUACCAGUGCACCGAAAAAGCUCGCUAGCAAACUCAGCAGCUCCCUUGGACGCUCAACAGGGAAGAAGGUUCGAGCCAGCCUUGACAGCACUGGAGAGAGUGCAAUGGCCAAUGGUGGUCCCAGCCCUGUCUUGUUGCCAGCUACAGCUGUGGUGGGUCCUAAAUAUCAUCUCUUGGCUCAUAGCAGCCUCUCUCUCGCAGCAAUCCACAGCAGUUUCUGGACACAGAGUCUCAGUACUGUAGGAAAUGCAGAUGGUGGGUGAACGAUACAACUGGACCAAGAUGUAUUGUGUCUUACAAGGAACAAGCCUCCUCUGUUACUAUUCUCCAGAGGAAGUGGAGGCCAAAGUGGAUGCUGCUUUCACUAUUGCCAUAAAUAAGG